CAGAUGACAGAGGUUAAAGGUAAACGUGCGCAAGAUGGCGGCUUCUGUAUUGGAGCAGGGUGAAGAUGCCUUUAGGAAGCUCUUUAGAUUUUAUAAACGAAGAAAUCCUCCUCCGGAUUUUAGUAAUGUUCUAGAUUUUUCAAAGCCAGAAACUCAUUUCGGAAAAGUUUUUACCACUGAUUUAAGCACAUCUGCAGUGAGUGAUAAUGCCGCUCAUAAAUGCGGUCUUCACCCAGUAAGAAAGUGGAAGGCUUUUUCUUUGGAUGGAUAUCCAGGAUUCAUUUUCAUCACCAACCCAUUCCUUCCUGGAACUCAACGCUACUGGGUAAAACAAUGUCUGAAAACCUAUACGCAGAAACCAAAUAUUUGCAAUUUGGACAUGCAUAUGUCACAGAUAGAAACUGAAAAUCUCUGGGAGAAAAGCCUUCCUGGAAUGAGGUUAAAGGAUUCUGUGAAAAGGGCGCCAAAAACUCUUUUAGAGAAGUUACGCUGGGUGACCUUGGGGUACCAUUAUAACUGGGACACAAAGACUUACUCCGCAGACAGAUAUACUCCUUUCCCCAAUGAUCUCCAUGCUCUUUCUGAGAAAGUAGCUGCCAUCUGCGGCUUUCAGAACUUUUCAGCAGAGGCAGGAAUCCUGAACUACUACCACUUUGAUUCUUCUCUCGGAAUUCAUGUUGAUGAAUCUGAACUUGAUCAUAGUCAGCCACUGCUCUCCUUCAGUUUUGGCCAUUCUGCAAUCUUUCUCCUUGGCGGUUUAAGCAGAGAAGACCCAGUGACUCCAAUGUUUAUGCAUAGUGGAGAUAUUAUAAUUAUGUCUGGAUUAAGCCGCCUUGUCUACCAUGCUGUUCCUCGAAUUGUAAUAUGUACUAAUAGCCAUCCUGUCCCUCAGAGUCUUACUGAGGAGUUUAGAAACGAGAAUCCAGAAGAUUCAAUUGUACAGACUGUUUCCAAAGAAGAUUGGGAAAUUUGUGAAGAGUAUAUGCAGACAUCACGAAUAAACAUGACUGUAAGACAAGUCCUCAAAAUCGGAGCGGUUUUCCCUAGUGAAGCUAGCAAUAAAAGAACUGUGAAGGGACAAUCGGAUGCCUAUUAUGACAAUCAUGAAGAAAAUGGUACAAGUGAAAUUAAAAGAAAGAAAGAUGUCUGAUUAACAGUUUACUCUAGUGCAAAUUGUGGUAUUGAGAUUCAUUUGUUUUUGUCAUUGGUACCUUGCCAUUUUAAAAUGGAAAAAUAUUUUUGCCAAAUUAUGAAUUUACUGUAGAUUCAGUUUCAUUAAAAUACAGUAAUCAGUGUUUAUUUAUUGACAUGAUAUCACAAACAUGACGUGUUAUGAUCCAAAUGGAGUUUUCCAUAGCCCGUAAAUGUGUUUGAAAUUUAUAAUGCUUUAUUUUAUUUUUUUUAAUUUAUUAAGUGGAACCCUAAAAUGACCCAAUGGUUGUUCUCCAUGUCAAAUACCCUUUUUUUUAAUCUGUUGUGCCUUGGAAAAGCUAUUUUUGUAAAACACUCAAAUUAAACUUUGAUUCAAA